UGACCAGCGCUGGGGAUGAGUCGGAGGAGCGGAGCCAGCCUGGGUGAGGGAGCUCGUGUCGUGAGUCACCGGCUGGAUGUUCCCAUGUGCCGGAGGCCGGGGAGGAGCUUGGCACAUGGCCCUGUGCUGGGAGCAGCGAGGACCUUGGGGAAGUCAAGCAGGAGGAGCGGCCGGGCCGGACACGAUGACCGCGAAGAGCACCGAGAGCAACGGGCCCAUGCGGGAGCCAGAGCCGGGGGGCACAAGGUCCCCGGUGCCCCCGGUGCCCCCAGUGCCCCCAGCCCCACCGCGGCGCCGGGGGCAUCGUCUGCGGCGGCGCAAGUCCCCGACGGAGGCGCCGGUGAAGGGGCAGCUCCGCAUGCGCUCGCCAUCGGGAGCCUUCGUCAUGGUGGGCAUCUCGGUGGUCCUGGUGGGCAUGACCAUCGCCGUGGUGGGCUACUGGCCCCACCGCGGAGCUGGGGCCGCCGGUGCCGCCAACGUCACGGGGGACGUGAGGAGGGAGGUGGCGGCCGCGCGCCACGUGCCCCACAGCGAGAAGCUCAAGUUGAUCGGCCCCGUCAUCAUGGGCAUCGGGCUCUUCAUCUUCAUCUGCGCCAACACCAUGCUGUACGAGAACAGGGACAUGGAGACCCGCAGGCUCAUGCAGAAGGGGCUCUACUGCAUGGUGGCGGCUCUGCCCGAGGGGACCGGCCCCGGGGACGGGCACUGCCAGCACGGGAACACCCAGCCCGUGCCCAAGGCCAACGCUGAGUGCGUGGAGGGCUGCUACCGCGUGGACCUCUCGGGCCAGCCCUGCCCCGGCACCGGCACCAAGUGGUCCAACUGCUACGGCUCCACCAGGCUCCAGACCACGGCCGAGUUCCUGCAGCGCCCGGCAGCAUCUCCCGCUGCCUCCCUGCUCAGCCUCCGCUCCGGUGCCUCCGCCGAGGCCAACCUCGGCUUCUCCCCGCAGCCCGGGGCCGAGUCCCUCCUCUCCUCGGCUGUCAGCGCCUUGGCGCUGCCCGUCAUCAAGCUCAACAACUGCCUCUUGGAUGCAGCAGCGCGAGGGGGCCCUGCAGAGCCCCACCAUGAAGCCCCGCAGCUCUCCCAGCCUGGUGGCAGCAGCAGCAGCACCGUGCCCCACGGCCACGACCCUGGUGGUGGCCACAUCAUCAUCAACGUGGAUGGAGGCGCGGAGCCGGUGGUGAUGGAGCUCGGCCCCGAUGCGCAGCUCCACGCCCCGGGGCACUCCAAGUCCCUGGACCUCGGCCAGCCCGGGGUGCUGCUGGUGGCCCCCAUCAAGGACCGUAAGAACCGGAGCUGGCCGCGGCUGGACCACGUCAGCCUGGUGGGUUACAGCAAGCUGGAGAGCACCGGCGAGUCCUCGGACCGGCUGCUGGAGCACAGCGAGCCCCGGCCCAGCUCCUGGGCGGUGGGGAUGGAGCAGGGAACGCGGGUCUGACACCCCCAGCCCCUCACCCUGCUCCCCAGCACCCACCAGAGACCCCACAUCCGGGGGUUGGGGUUCAGGGGUGCUGAUGUGAAGCAGUGCCAAGAGGGAGGUCUUGACCUGGUGCUGCUGC